AUGAAGGGCUUCAUUAUCAUCGCUGCUAUUGCAGCUGGUUGCUCGGCAUGGACUUACACGGACAAUAUGACGGCCUCGGCAUUGAUUUCGAUCAAUGCCUUUCAAAAGUACCAGACCAUGAUCGGUGGUGGAUGCUCUGGUGCAUUUGGCAUUGCUUGUGAACAAUUUGGCUCGGUCGGUUUGUCUCCAGCCAACCAGGAACUUGUCACUCAAAUCCUUUAUGACGAGAAUAUCGGCGGUCUUUCUAUCGUUCGCAAUGACAUAGGGUCGACUCCUGGACAUGUACCUGGAGAUGUGUCAACCAUCUUGCCUGUUUGUCCAGAAACUCCUGCAGGCCCUUUCAAUUACGUCUGGGAUGCUAAUGAUACAUGUCAAUUGCAACUCACUCAAACGGCGUUGAAGUACAACCCCAAUCUAUACGUGUAUGCUGAUGCCUGGUCCGCCCCCGGAUGUAUGAAGACGGUCGGCACCGAGGACAACGGUGGUUUUAUCUGCGGUGUGAGGGACAGUAGCAGUCCCAACUGCACCUACGAUUGGCGACAGGCGUACGCCGACUACCUGGUGCAAUACGCCAAAUUCUACGAGCAAGAAGGCAUUGAGGUGUCUUUGCUAGGUGCUUGGAACGAGCCGGAUUUCAAUCCUGUCUACUAUGCCAGCAUGCAGUCAGACGGCUACCAGGCGAAAGACUUUCUGGAGAUAUUGUACCCGACAGCAAAGGCGGCAUUCCCGAACAUCAGCGUUUCGUGUUGCGAUGCCACUGGUGCCAGACAAGAGCGCAAUAUCCUGUAUGAGCUGGAUCAAGCGGGAGGUUCCGAUUUCUUUGACGUUGCUACAUGGCACAACUAUCAGAGCAAUCCUGAGCGCCCGUUCAACGACGGUGGAAAGCCGAACAUAAUGACUGAGUGGGCUGACGGUACCGGACCGUGGACGCCCACCUGGGAUGUAUCUGGACAGCUCGCCGAGGGUUUCCAGUGGGCACUGUACAUGCACAAUGCCUUUGUCAACUCGGACACUUCUGGCUACACGCAUUGGUAUUGCGCCCAAAACACCACUUACGACAAUGCGUUGAUCAGACUCGACUAUGACAACUACUUCGUCUCCGCUCGAUUGUGGGCAUUUGCUUCGUACUUUCGUUUCGCUCGACCUGGCUCUGUGCGUAUCGAAGCGACAAGCAGCGCGGAGAACCUGUACGUCAGUGCCUACGUCAAUACCAACGGUACCGUGGCGAUCCCUGUUGUUAAUGAGGCGCACUUCCCAUAUACUGUCACCAUCGACCUGACUGGGAUCAACGCAACCACGGCGGCGGCGUAUCUCACGGACAACAAUCACAACGUGACCCUGGUUGGACAGAUGCAGAUCGCUGGGACACUGCACGCUACUGUAGAGCCGAGAGCGAUGAAAACGUUCUUCCUGAGCUAG